AGGAAACAACAUGACGUACAUACCAAGCGACUCGGGCGGGCAAAUUUGAGCGGACUUUUUUGCAGUGUACGGAAAUACACAGUCCCUCUCGUUGUGUUUUACUCUUAAAAGUGGAUUAUUUUUGUUUUUGGUGCUCGAAUGAAGGGACAAACACCUCCUAGCCAGAAGAAAAUGUCGGAUUCUGGUCAAUUUAACGACUCUUUGCAGAGGAGAAGGUCUCCGCGACUGACUUCUCCUUUGGUAAAUACAGCAAACAACAUGGCGCGUGAAGGUAGUGCCCCCGUCAAGCGGUUUACUGUGAGGAAAAUAAUGCCGAGAAAAACAGCUCCUGCACUCGGACACGACAAAGAAAACACACCGAGGCGGUCAGAGGGAAGCCAGGAGAAGAAGCAAAAGGUGUCUCCUCCUGGUUCUACCCGGCGAGGGCGGUCAUCCGGUGCUAAAAAAGCCGUCGUGCCUUCACCCAUCCUUCCGCCGUCAACGCCGACGACUCCCCCCUCGCAGCCGGAGCAGGAUCCACGCGACGCGGAGUGGUCACAGAAAGUUCGCCGCUCCUACACCAGAAUCAGCGACAAGUCCUUCAGCAGCCCCGACACUCGAGAGACUCUUUUCGGGUUCGAAACGCUGCAGACCCCCGAAGUUGGACCACCGGUCAGCCGGCUUAAGGCGCCUCUGGAGCUUUCGAGUACCGGGUCGGGGCUCGGUUCGUUCAUUCUGGACGCCGAGGACUCCGUUCCUGACCCCGAGAUUCCCGGGGUAGCGUUGGUGAAGCGGAAGAGGAGCCGGCGGAAGGUCCAGAAGGCCAUCGAUGAAACGGAACUGGACGCGCUUUCGGCGAAGAUGAACGCCGAAUUUCAGGAGGCCGAACAGUUCGAGUUGUUCGUGGAGUGAAUUUCAACAUAAAUCGCUCAUGGAACUGUUGCGUUCACUGACAUGUUGAAAAAUCAGCAACGUUAAGAAGGACAAACCUGCCUUUUACCAGUUAAACUGAAUACGUGUUUGUGUUUUUCACGGUUAGUUGUGUAGUUUAUUCAUGUGAAAUUAAAAUACAGUGACGAAAUUAGUACUUUUUCAGUCCGCUACUAUUUUUGUGAUUGGAGAGUUUUAAGGAAUUUUUUUGCAUCUAUUCAUGAAUAAAUAUUUCAGGGUUUGGUCAUAAAUAAGUCAUUUAAU